AUGGAUAAUAGAAAUAAAUGUGUUGAGUGUGGAGGUGUUAGUUUCAGAAUUGAAGAAGGACAGUAUGUUUGCAAUGAAUGUAAUUACGUAUGUGAAAUCGUUAUAGAACAAUAUGAAGAUAAUUUUGAUCUUGAAUUUGAUGAAAUUGAAGAUGAUGAAUAUGUUGAGAAGGAUAUAUAUUAUAUUAUAAAAAAAUUAUAUAAAGAUGAACAUUUAAGUAAUAAUAUAAAGAAAUAUGUAUUUAAAGAAAAUGAUGAAUUUUUUAUAACCUAUCAAAAUGUAUUAAUAAAUUUUAUUGAAACCCUUAUUACAGCACAUAAGUUUCCUAUAUUUAUAUAUGAUGAAAUAAAAAAAAUAUGGUUUUAUUUAUUAGAGAAAAAUAUAGAAAAUAUGAAUAUUUAUGUACCAUUUGGUACAUUUCAUGAUUCUUUAAAAUUUGUAUAUGAAGUUAUAACAAAUAAAAAAAUUAUUGAUACCUUCCAAAAUAUUCAAAAUGAUGAAAAUGUAUCUAAAGAAAUAAAAACUGUAAUUGAAAAAAUGAGUUUAAGUAAAAUAUCUUAUUAUUUUGAUAUACAAAAAGAUUAUAUUAAUCAUGUAAUUAAUAUGUCCUCUUUCUAUCCAAAAAAAAGUGAAAUAGGAAGACAGUAUAAUAUAAGGUUAUCUAGAUUAUAUAAAAAAACAACCUUAUUAGAUAAUGAUAAACAACAUAAAGAAAAUUUUCAUAAAUUUAAUCAACUUAUAAAAACUAUGAACAAAAAUGUAAAAGCAGAUGAUAAUAUUAAUAAUGUCAACAAAAAAAUAAACCCAUUAUUUAUAGAACAAAACAUGAAGGAUACAUCUAAUUAUUAUUUAAAUACGAUUGAUAAUGAUAUAAAUAAUAUAUCACAAGGAACAGAACAUCUUUUAAGUUUUAAUUCUUUUGAGGAUCAAAAGCAAGAUGAUUAUACAAAUAAUGUAAUAUCAUAUGAUCAUGAUAUUCAAGAGAAUAAUAAUAUAAACGAACAUAAUAAUAAUAAUAUAAAUGAAAAUAAUAAUAAUAUAAAUGAACAUAAUAAUAACAAUGUGUUUACAACUAAUGAUAAUCCUUAUAAUAAUAAUUUAUUAAAUGACGAAAAGACUUCUAAAUAUAAUGAUAAUGAUUUAGAUUGUGAACGUAUAUAUCAUUUUUAUUCAAAAUAUUUUAUCAAUAAAAUUUUAUAUGCACGUAAUUUGUCCAAACCUAUUGAUAGAUAUAUGACUAGCUACUUUAUGAAUAGAUCGACUAAUUAUAACGAAGUCUUAUGGUUAAUCUAUGAACACGAUUUCUUGUAUUACUUUCGAGAAGAGUUAAAUAAAACGUGUGAUAUCCAAUUUUUAUCAUUUUAUGAUAUACUAAAAACAUUUAAAGGGGAAUAUGAUUAUUUAAUAUACAAGGCAAUUGAAAAAGAAGAAAAAAAAAAAAGAAAAAAAAAAAAUAAAAUAAAAAAUAGUAGUUACCAGAAUGUUACAUUAAUACAUAAUGGUAAUGAAGAGGGAAAUAUAAACCAAGUGGAUAAUUUCAAUUAUGAUAAUAAUUAUCUUAAAUUGAAAUGUGAACAAAAUGAUAAUAAUCAAACAGUGGACUAUAAUAAUAAUCAAUAUGAUCAUCAUUUGGAUGAUGAUGUAAUGAAUAUAAAAAUGAAACAAGAACAAAAUAAUAGUAGUAAUAAUAAUAAUAAUAUAAAUAAUAUCGAUGAAGAGAUAGAAUAUAAAGCAUUUGAUUUAACUGAACAUGAAGAUUAUAUUAAAAAUAUUAGAGAACUGGAAUAUAAGGAUUAUAUGAAUACUGAUGAAUAUGAUAAAAGCAAUGUGAACCUUUACGUAGAAAAAAAUAAAGGUAAUGAAGCACAAAAUAUUAUAUCUCUUGAUAAUAAAGAAGAUGUUUUAAAAAACAUAUUAGAUAAUUAUAAAAAGUAUAUGCAAAUAAAAAGAAAUAUGAGUAAUGAAAAAGGGGUAACAAACAAUUUUGUACUACCUAUAAAUUUAUCUUCUGAUGGGGAAAGAAUGAGACACUCAAAUGUAUCAGAUAUUUCUAGUUUAAAUAUAAAUGAUUUAGCAUCUCAAGAUAAGAUAGAAAUGAUUUUGGAGAGUUUAAAUGGUAUGGAUAAUAGUAUGAAUGAUGAUAAUAUAAGCCAUGUUGAUAAUACAAAUAAUGGUGAUAUAAAUAUUAAUCUUUCUUUAUAUGCUGAAGAUAAUUCAGAAUACAAAAAGGAAUAUAAUAUUGAACACAAUGAAGAUUAUCUUGAACUAAAUAAUUUAACAUAUAAUGAACAUAUAUUGAGCGAUAAAGAUAUGGAUAAUUAUGAAAAAUUAUCCAACAGUAAUAUUGAAGAAGAGAUAAAUAUAUGCACUGAUGAUAUAAAAAAUAAGAAGAAGCCUAUGUUGAAUAAAAUAGAUUUUGAUAAUAAUAUAUAUAAAAAAUUAGAAUAUGUAAAUAAAUUAAAAAAAUUGAAAAAGUGGAAAAUUGAGAAAGAUUAUUAUUAUAAUGGUUUAAAAACUAAAAAGGAGAAAUUUACGAGAAUUUGUAAAUUUGUUGAAGAAUGUAUGAGAUUAGAGAAACCCCAAGAUGACCCUUUUUUCACAUGUUCUUAUAAAGAAAAUAUAUAUAUAGAAAAUAAAUAUUUAAUGGAUUCAUUUAUAUUUGAUAAUAUAUAUAAAAAAGUAUUAUAUAUAUCAGAUAAAAAACGAUAUCGAACAUUAACCAUUAAACAUAUAUAUAAAGAAUAUAUAAAUUAUUUUUUACCACGUUAUAAAGCAUUGUUAAUUGAUUAUGAAAAUUGUAAAUUUUAUUAUAAUUUUUCAUUCGAUUUAUUAUUUUAUAUAAUUUUUUAUUGUUUUAAAAGAUUAAAUAUAUAUUGUUUGCCACAUCAUAUUAAAAAUUAUAUUAAUGCGGAUAAUUUUGGUUUAUAUAAAAUUUUUUAUAAUAUUUCUGAAUCAUUUUUCAAGCAGUUUAAAGAUAAUGGGGUGAUUUCGUUUCCUCUAAGAAAUCCCCAUUUUUCUGAGAUAAAAAAGUUUUAUUUUAUUAGAAAUUUAAAGCAUGGUACACCUUUCAUAUGUAUUCAUAAUUAUGAGCAUAUUAAUAAGUAUUACAUAGAAGAAAAAAUGGAUAAAAUAUAUGAAGAUGAUAAUUAUAAUGAUGAAAAUAAUGAUAAUGAUUAUUAUAAUAAAGAUGAUUAUAAUGAUAAUGAUAAUGAAGAUGAUUAUAUUGAUAAUGAUAAUAAUAAUGUCCAUGGUGAAGUAAGAAAAAAAGAAAUUUUAUACGAAGUUAUAUUUUCAAAAAAAUUGAAAAAAUUUCCCUUUUCAAUUAAGACGAUUAAUUCUAUGUUAAAUAAAGAAUCAAUGAAAUAUUUAGAAAAUUUUAAUUGUAUAUUGGUAAAUAAUUUAUAUUCAUUAAUAAAUGAUUUAAUAUAUAAAUUUCAACUUCCAAUUGCUAUACAAAUGUAUGCUAUAAAAAUAUUGAAUAUUGUCUUAUUUAAAUAUCGUUUUUCUAAAUUUCUUCUUAAUGUAUAUACUAAUAAAUAUGAUGACAUGCAUAUAGAAUUUAAUAAUUUUUAUAAUUAUGAGAAAAUUUAUAAAGACUGUUUUAAAUGUUUGGGUGCAAAACAUAAGGCUAUAUCAUUAAUUAAUCCUAUAAAUAAAUAUAUUUUAUUUUUAAUGAAAAAAGAAUAUUAUAUUAAAAAAUUUUAUAUAAUAAAUAAGAAAUAUUUUAUGUCAGAUAAUAUAACUGUUAAUUAUAAAAUAUAUAAUAAAAUUAAUUAUUUUUAUAAACAGAAAUUUUAUUAUUCUUUUUAUAAUAUUUCUUCAUCUAUUUGUUUCUCAAGAAAUCAUUUUUAUAAUUUAGCAACAGGAUGUGUUCUAAUAGCAUGUAAACUAUAUUAUCCUAUGUUUACAAAUGAUUUCUUUUGUUAUGAAAAUAUGUUUAUUAAAAAUAAUUUUGAAAGUUUCCAUUUGAAUAAUCAUUAUUCAUGUCAUCUUCAAGAUGGCACAAAUAUGUUUAAUGUACAUUUUAAGGAACCACACACAUUUUCUUUUUCAUCAAAAAAUAAAAAAAAAAAAAAAGAAAUUGAAAAAAAUAAUAAAGCAAAGAAAAUCAAGAAAAAGAAAAAUAUUCCUAUUACUAAAAAAAAUGUUGAUUUAUCACAAGGUAUAUAUGAUAGUGAUCAUAUUGUGAAAAAGAAAAUUAAAAAAUUGGUAAAAAGACAAAAAAAAAAAAAAGGAAAAUCAAAAAAUACAAAUAUGAAUACAGUAGUAAAAAGAAAAAUAUCAUAUAUAAUAGAUGAGGAGGAACAUCUACAAAAACGUUUCAAAAUAUCAAAUUUAAAUGAUACAGACAAUAAUAUUUUCGAUAACAAUGUAUAUGUUAAUCAAAAUAUAACACAUGGAAAUUAUAUAUAUGAUCAAUUGAAUAAUAUUAAUAUGGUCGAAAAUAUAAAUUAUUCAUAUGCUAGUGAAAAUAUGAAUGAGGGAGAAAUACAAACUAUAGAACAUUAUAAUAAUGAUAUAUUAAAUGUUGUUGAUGAAAAUACAAAUACAUAUAUAAAUACAAAUACAUAUACAAAUACAAAUACAUAUACAAAUACAAAUACAUAUACAAAUACAAAUACAUAUACAAAUACAAAUACAUAUACAAAUACAAAUACAUAUAUGUAUGAUUAUUAUGAAGAUAUGUUAAAUGAAGCUACAGAAGAUAACAAAUUAUUAAAAUAUAUAAAUAAAAAUGCCAAAUAUUAUCAUGAGAAUUUAUUGGAGGACUUUUUAUUUAACGAUUCAUGUGAUAAUAAAAUAUGUGAUACCUUAAUUUGUUUUGAUUCUGAUAAAGAAAAUAUAAAAGGUUUAUUAGAAAAACAAAACAAAAAUAAGAAUAAUAGUAUAUGGGAUAAUAAAAUAAAUAAAUUUUCUCAUAUAUAUUUUGAAUCAUCAAAAGAAAAGUAUACUUAUUAUUUUGUUCCAAUUCCUACUAUUUUCACUUUAUUUUCUCAAUGCAAAAAAUAUCCCUCCCUUGAUUUUUUGAAAAAAGAUUUUGAGAGAUAUCGGAAUAAUGGGCGUAUAUCAUCAUAUAAAGAUGAAGAGGAGCUUUUUGAGAAUUUGAUAUAUCACAAGGGAGAUAUCGAGAAAAUGUAUAAUGAAGAUACAAAAAAUAUUGAAGAUAAAGAAAAUAAUGAAGAUAAAGAAAAUAAUGAAGAUAAAGAAAAUAAUGAAGUUAAAGAAAAUAACGAAAAUAAUGAAAAUAACGAAAAUAAUAAUGACAAAAAAAAUAACGUGGAAAAAAAAAAAAUCCUCGAAUCGAUCAAAAAAGUAAGAAUAAUUUUAUCGGAUUCUAUCUUAAAGGAUAUCCAAAUUAAUGAAAUUAACAGGAAGUUUAUAAGUAUUAAACCAAACGAAUAUUGUUGCAUGAAUUUAUUACUUAAUACCAGUGAAAUAGGUAUUAGUAAAAAUGUUGAUAUGGAAAUAUAUAAAUAUAUAAAUGAACUUAAAAAUAUUAUGAAAGUAAAUUAUAAUAUAUCUUAUUAUCCUCAUCAUUUAAAUUAUUUUAACUGGAAUUUGAAUUAUUUGUCAUUAUGUAAUAUAAUUCAUAGAAUUAAAGAGAUAGGUGAUUCAUCUGGUUUGGAACAUUAUUUUGGGUGUAAUUCAAAUAUAAAAAAUAAAGAACAAAAGAAUAUAAGAGGGAAUAUGUAUAGCAAUGUAUUUUUAUAUAAUAUGGAAAAAUAUAAAUCUAAAUAUAUACUAAGACAUUUAUAUCAAAGAGAUAAUAUUUAUCAUUAUAAAACAAAUAAUGGAUUAAAUGAAAACAAAGAAAUUAAUUUAACAAGUAAAGAAAACGAUGUAUUAUACAAUGAUAAUUCAAAUAAUAAAAAAGAAAGCAACUUAUGUGAAAAUGAAGAUAUUUUAGAAAAACAGAAAAUAUUAUAUAAAAAAAAAUUUAUGAAUUUUGAUUAUAAUCUUCUUACCGAAUUUAUAAAUAUAAAUGAAGAUUAUCAUGAAGCUAAAGAAUAUUAUAAAUUUCUAAACAAUCAUAAUAAAUAUAAUAAUAAUAAUAAAUAUAAUAAUAAUGAAUAUAAUAAUAAUAUUAAUAGUAAUAUUUUAGAAGAUAGUGAAAAUGAAGAAAUUUAUGAAAAGAAUGAAUCCACAAAAAUUAAACUAGUACAUUUAAUUUAUUCAAAAAAAUACGAAGAGGAAUACUUUAAAUAUAUUUUAUAUGAAUAUUAUACAUUAAUUCAAUGUUUUCAUCAUUUUGAACAUUUAGCAGAUAUGCUAAAAUAUUUGAUGAAUUAUACUUGGAAUAUAUAUCAAAUAUUAUUUUUAUAUUAUCAAUUAAAACAUGAUAUAUAUAUUUAUUUGAAAUGUUUGAAACAAUUAUUAAAUAUGUUUGAAUAUUUUUUUGUUAUAAUAAAUAAGAGAGAUCAUAUAGAUUCAAGACAUUUUUCUUGUUUUUAUCGAAAUAAAUAUAUAAAGAAAAAAAAACACAUUAUAUAUAAAAUCAAAAUUUUUUAUUUUAUGUUGCUAAUGUUUAGUACUAUAUAUCGAGCAAAAUAUAAAGCAAAUUGUUGUAACAUUGAAGCAUGUAGAUGUAUCAUAUAUAAAGAUACAAUAAUUUUUCAUCGUAAGAAUGUUUUCAAAGUUCCUUCUAAUAAAAAUUUAGUAGAAAUGCAAUAUCAUUUAAAAUAUAUUAUCACGUUUGGAUAUAAAUAUUUAAAACACGUAUUAGAAAAUAUUUUCCAUAUAAAUAAUAUUAAAACAAAGAUAAAUAUAAAAAUGAAUGAUUUAUUUAAUACUAUUAUUAAUAUAAUUAAAUUGUCUUAUCAUCAAAGUGAUUAUAUACAUAGUUAUAUAUUUUCAUAUGCAAAAAAUAUGAUGUUCCACAUUGUAGUAUUGAAUGUUUCUUUUUUUCUUAUCAAUUUUGAAAGUACUGUAAAAUUAAUUCAAAAUAAAUAUUACAAUUAUCUAAAUAAUUAUUUUAAAAAUUUUUACAUUAUGGAUGAGAAUAAUCUGUCUAAUAAUGUAAUGGUUUUAUAUGUCAAGAGAAAUACAAAAGUAUAUGAUGAAAGUAAUAUAAAUGUCAAUAUAAGUGAAACAAUAAAUGGAUAUACACAUAUAAAUCCAAUUCCUAGUAAUAUUAAUUUUCAUGAGAAUAAUAUUUUCUCUUUACUUACAUGCUAUGUACAUAUCCUUUUUCAUUUAAAUAAAACAAAAACUAUUGAAUCAUAUGUAUUCAAUUAUUUCAAAAACUCAGCUAAUAUUUUAAUGAAAAAUAUAAAAACUCACUACUUUUUAUAUGAACAAAAAUAUAAUAUUAUUGAAGAUUUUAUAAAUCAAAUUUAUAAAGGUAAUUAUGAAUUUACUGAUAAUACCAUAAUAUGUAGAAUAUUAAAUUGUGAUCGUAUAAUAAAUAUGAAAAAAAAAUAUAUACUAAAAGAUACAAACCAAACCAACCAAUUAUACUAUAUAAAUAAUUCAAGUAUAAAUAAGUAUACAUAUAAUAUAUCACCAAAUUUAAUUACACAUUUUAUAGCCCAUUUUUUCAAAUAUUAUAUGAUAUUUAAAAAUGUAAUAAAGAAUCCAAACAGUUUAUUUGUUUUAUAUUAUUGGAAAUGGAUCACACACAUGAUACAUAAAAAUUCUGAUUACGUAAAUACAGUUUUUAUAAAUCAUAAUUUAGCAAAGGGCAUAUAUGAAAAAUUUUAUAAAUAUUCAUUAAAAAAUAGAAAAGAGAACAACAAAUAUUAUCCUAUCCAAAGGGGGAAAAAAAAAAAAAAAAAAAAAAUCAAAAUUGUUAAUUAUUAUGAAUUUUUUAGAAACAUAUUAAGUAUGGAGAAUAGUAUGUUCCAAUUUUAUAAUAAAAUGGUUAUGUGUAAAGAGGAUCAGAAAAAAAAAAAUCAAAAUAUACAAAAUAAUAAUGCACAUAUUAUUGAAGAAAAAGGAAGGAAUAAAGGUUAUCCUAGAAACAUACCAAAAAGAUCUUCAUUUUAUCAUCACCUUGUAAAGUUACAAAAUUUAUUUUAUAGUGAUAAAGAAAAAUACAAAGUAAAUAUAUUUCAUAUAUAUAAAUAUUUUAUGCGAUGGAUAAAAAAUACCAAAAAUAUAAUAAAAACUAAUGAGUUUGAUUUUAAUAAAAUGAUUAUCUUUAAUUUGUAUGAUGAAAUAUUUAUGAAAAGGAGAGAUAGUAUAUUAUAUAAUGAACCACAUAGCUAUGAACAACUAUGUGGAUAUAUGAAAAAAAAGAAAGUUAAAACAUAUAAAAAUAUUCGAAGAUAUUUUAAAUCAUUUUUAUAUUCCAUAAUGAUAGAUAAUGUAGUGAAACAAAAUAAUCAGUUUUUUUUGAUAAAGAACAUAAAUAAUAUAUUUGAUAGAAUAGACCAAACUAUAGGUAAUCCAAAUGUAAAGGUACAGAAUGAUAAUAUAAAGAAAAAAUCAAAAAUAGUAAAUGAUAAUAAUAAUAUAAAUAAUAUUUAUCUUUAUAAUAAAACAAAAGGACGUUAUGUAAAAAAAAUGUAUUUAAGGCCACAUGUCAUAGAAGAAAUAAAUAUGCAAAAUCAUAAACUGAACAUAUUUAAUAGAAGUUGUUUGAAAAAAAAUAUAUUAGGAUAUAACAUAUUAAGAUAUUAUAAAAGAAACACAAUUAAAUAUAUGGAAAAGAAGAAUCAUCAUAUAGAUACAAACAAUAUGAAUUAUAAUAUUACUUAUAAUGAAGAUCCUAUUUUUGAUUUAAUGAUAGACAAGAAUACAAAAUUAAGUACUGUUCGUUAUUUGAUGGAACCAUUAGAUUGUGUAAAUAUAUGUGAUAAUAUAAAAAUUUAUGCAAAUUUACAUAGUCUUUUUUCACAUUUACCUUUUAAUUAUAGGAUAUAUAAAUAUAUUGUUAAAAGAAUGUUAAAAGUAAAAAACUCACAGAAAUCUAUAAACAAAAAAAUGAAUUUUGAAAAAAAGAAAGCAAAUACUGAUUCUAAUAAUAAUAUAAAAAAUGAUGUUAUUACAAAUGAUGAGCAUGGAAAUGUUGAUGUUCUUGCUCCUUAUGAAGAUCAAAAUGUAAAUAAUAUGAAUGUUGAUAUAGAAUAUGAUGAUAAUAAUAAUAAUAAAAUUAAAAUUAAAAAUAAUGAUCAAAUUUAUGAUGAAUAUAUUUAUUUAUCUACAGAUGACGAUUUUUACAAAAGUGAUACUAUAUAUUCCCUUAAAUUAAAACAUUUAAAAAGUUAUAAUCGUUUUAAAAAAACUAUGAAACAAAAUAUAAAUGAUUUAUACAUUGCAACUAAAGAAGAACCAUAUUGUCAUAUAAACAAAUGUACUUCUUCUUUAAAAUCCAAUAAUAAUAAUAUCCCCUUAUUUCAUGAUACUUAUAAAUUAUAUAUAGAUAUAUUUCAUAAAGAACAUAUAUUUAUUUAUAAUAAUAUGAAUAAUUAUUUGUCUAAAUGUUCAAAUUAUAAUAUGUUUGAAUGGAAUAACAAUUUAGAUAUAUAUGAUCCAUACUUAUUUAUUAACAAUAUGUAUUAUCCCUUCGGAUUACAUAAGAAGGAAAAGAAUAAAUUAAAUUAUGCGAAAUAUAAUAAAAAAUAUAAUCAGAUGAAUCAUGCUUAUGAUAUAUAUAAUAAAAAUAUAUGUAAGUUAAAUAAUAAUACAUUUUAUAAGUAUUCAGAAUCAAAUGAAAAUAAUAAUAGAUCAUUUAAUAUAUAUAAAAGUAAAAAAAUGUCAGAUGUACACAUCUGUAUAUAUAAUGACUCUUCCUAUUUUAAUCUUAAUAAUAUGAGUAUGAAAUACGAAAUACAUAAGACCAAUAAAUAUGAAGAAUAUUAUAUAAAUUAUAAUUUUAAUAGAAAUGCACAUUUUGAAUUUCAUUCAAGUAUUAAUGGAUUUAUAUUAAGACUGAAAAAUGAAUAUAUAAAAAGAAAGAAUAAAAAUUUAUAUAAUAUAAUAAAGGAAAAAAAUCAUAUAUAUAAAAUUGAAUAUAUUCAAAAUGUUAUAUUUACAACUAAAUAUACUUAUUUUAUUUUCUCGUGUUUUGUAUAUCCACUUAUACAAAUCAUAAGAGUCAUUUAUUUAUUUUCAUUAAAAUAUUUUCCUACCUUAUUUCUUAAAACAAUUAAUUAUUUAAAUUAUAUUAAAGUGGAUGAAAAUCUUUUGCAAUUUUUAUAUGCAGAUGAUAUUGAAGUUUUAGAUUCAAUAUUUCAUAAAUGUUCAUUAUCAAAAUGUUUUAGAUCAAUAUUUCAUUUUUUAAGAUUUCAAGGAUAUCAUAUAAAUCCUUUUUCCUUUUUAGGUAGUAUAUGUUAUAUUAAAGAUAUAAAAAUCAUUUGUCAUUUUUUUAAAUUAUAUACAUCACAUUCUAUCAACACCUUACAUAAUGUCAUAUCUUUAGAUAAUCCAAGACAAGAAAUAGAAAUUUUCAACCUAGAAAGAUUUAUAAACAGAGAAAAUGUUUAUAUUAAAGAUGAUCUUCAUAAUAAAAAUAAUAAAAAUAACGAAUUCUCAGAAUAUAAUUUAGAAAAAGGAACAAACCUAAAAAAAAAUGGUAAUUUAAUAAAAAAAUAUAAAAGUAUAUCAUCUCACUGGGAUGCAAUUAAUAUAUUUAAUAAUAAUGUCCUAGUUGUAAAUUUUGAGGAUGAAAAAAAUAAUAAUAUAGAAAAUAUAAAAAUUGCUAAUCUUUUUAAUACUGAUAAUAGUUCUAUGGUUCAAAUGGAGGAACAUGAUUAUAAAAACAAAAAUAAUAAAAAAAGUAAUAAUAAAAAAAAUAAUAAUAAAAAAAAUAAUAUUAAAAAAAAAAAUAAUAAAAAAAACAAUAAAUAUAAUAAUAAUAAUAAUAAUAAUAGUAACACUUACGUUCAGAUGGAUGAAAGUUUAAAUACCAUUUUUGAUGAAAAUAUCGAUUAUUUUAUGGAUGUAAAUACAAACAAUGUUAAUAAUAAUUCACGCGAUGAUACGUUAAAUAAACAUUUAAUGAUAAUUAAUAAAUUUGAAAAGAACAUACAAAAAUGUGAGAAUUCUGAUAUAAUCAAUAUCCAUAAUUUUUUUAAAAAUAUAUAUAAAGAUAAAAAAAAUAAUAUUAAAAAUACUUCAAAAAAUGUAUUUAAUGAUAAUAAUUAUGAAUUGGGAAAAGAAAUAAAAACACCGAAAACAUUUUAUUAUUCAAAAAUGUGUACUACUUCUUUCGUUCCUUUUAUUGAGAAAAAGAAGAAAAAUGACGAAAAUAAAAAAAAACAUAUCACCUCAUCAAAUGAUAUGAAUAUAACAUUGGGGAAAUAUGAUGAUAAAGAUAAAUAUUUAGAACAACACCAAUACGUUAUGGCAAUUAAUGAAACAGAUGGAAUUAUUGAGGUACAAAAAUUAAAAGAAAAAUUGAAUCACAUAUCCAAUAAAAAAGAAAAUGAAAAGAACCAAAAGAAUAAUAAUGACAAUGAAGCCAUUUGCAAUGAUCAAAUUAAUGUAAAUGAGAACCAAGUAGAUAUUUCUAAUAAUUAUAUGAUAGAAAAAUGUAACAAUCAACAUGUAAAUUUACCAAGAGAAUAUAUUGAGAGUGAAUCUAUAAUGAAUAGCAAUACAUGUAGUAACGAUAAAAAUGUGUAUAGUGUUGAUAAUACAAGUAUUAAUAUGAGUAGGGUAAAUUUAAGUUUUUCGGAAAGUAAUAUUGGUGUGCUUGAAUCAGAAUUGGGCGAACUAAAUAGAAAUAAUUCUUAUGGUGGUAAUAAUUCUUAUGGUGAUAGUAAUAUUUAUGAUGGUAAUAAUUCUUAUGGUGAUAAUAAUUCUUAUGGUGACAAGUUCAAGGGUAAAGGUCAUGAGGGAAAUAAAAAUGAAAAUAUAGAUAUAUUAUAUUAUAAAUGUUUUAAAGAAAAUUCACAUGAAGAAAAACUAAAACACUUUUCAAAACCAUCUGAAACAAUAAAUUUAUAUAAUAUUAUCAUGAAAUUUUUAAACGAAAAAAUAAUGUUACAUAGUGAUUCAAUAACAUAUGAAAAAUAUCGUAAAAAAAAUUCAAUAGAAUUUAACCAUAUUGUAUAUAGAGAAUUUACCUUACAUACAAACUAUUAUUCGGAAGCUUAUAAUAAAAAUGUUUUAAAUGAUUUUAUAUAUUUUUUUUAUAGUAAUAAUUUUAGAAAUAAUUAUUUACAAAAAAGACAAAAUGAUAAAGACAAGAAAAAAAAUGUAAUAAAAAUGAAAGAAACAGAAAAGAAAAAAAAUAAAGCAGAUGAUGAUAUUAAUAUUAGUGAUAUGAAAAAUAAUAAGGAAAAUAUAAAAUCAUCAUAUAUUUUCAAUGAAAAUGAAGAAUUCGAACAAAAUCAUUUAUUAUUUAAUUUACCAGAUGUGGAAAAAGAAACGAUUAUGUUUCAAGAUAAAAGUGAUAUAUCUAGCCAAUAUAAUGAAAUAAUUAAUAUACAAGAACCUAUAAUAAAUACCCCAUCUGAUCACGAUAUUUCUAUGCUCAACGAUGUAUCUUUAUUAGAUAAUACUAAUGAUAUGGAACAUUCAUAUAUUUCAUCAGAUUAUUACGACAGUAGUGAUAUAAGUGAUGACGAAACAAAUGAUGAUGGAUAUAUAAAUUGUUCUUUUUAUUUGCACAAACCAGUAUAUGUUUUUGAUGAAGAAAAGGACCAAGAAGAGAUGGAACAAAAAAUGAAAAAUUAUAAUUUUAAAAAUAGUCGUAAGAGGAAUAUGUUUAAUCACCCAAGAACAAAUGAGGAACAUAAUAUGAAUUAUAAUAACUCUUACAUUAUUAAUAAUAAGAAAAAAAAGCCAUAUAUUUAUUCAAAAAAUCAUUAUAAAAAACUUAACAGAGUAUUUAAAAAAUUAAUAAAAAAAAUAGAAUAUGAUAUGAAUAUCAAAAAACGAUGCUGCAAAUUAUAUGACAAAAAUCAUAAAUUCUUAAGGAGAGAUUAUAAGUGUGCAAAACAUAAAAAUGAAUGGGUAUAUUUUAUGAAGCAAUAUGUAAAUAAAAAAGAAAAUACAAAUAAUUUAUUUAAAGGAGAUAAUAUCAUAAUUAAUAGUGUGUACAAUCAAAUAUAUACAUAUGAUAAUGAGGUAAAAAAUAUUAUAAGAAUAUAUAAGAAGCAAAAAAUGUUCCUAAAAAAUAUGAAACAAAAAUCUUUUUCUAAAAAAUAUAAAAAUGAAUAUCCAUGGAUAGGUGAUAAUAUUUUUAUCUCACCAAACAAUGUUAAUAAGUUUAUUUUGGGAGGAUACAGCUUUGUUUUAUUUCACCAAAAUAUGUCUUAUUUAAAAAAUUUUAAUUAUCAUUCAGCAAGUCCUUAUUCCCCCUUAAAUUUUAUAAACAAUUCAAAGCAUUUAGAUACAUUUAGUGUCAUGUUGUGUUUGCUGAUAAAAGUUUUUGGUUUGUAUUUGGAUUCCUCAUCGUAUGAUUUAAUAUUGGCAUGUAGAGAAAUUGAAAAAUUGCUCAAAAUAUUUAUGUAA